GUUCUGCGCUUGUCAUCAUGGCGACGCGGGGCCAUGUGCAGGACCCUAACGACAGGCGCCUCCGGCCCAUUUACGAUUAUCUUGAUAAUGGUAAUAAUAAAAUGGCAAUUCAGCAAGCAGAUAAACUGUUGAAGAAACAUAAGGAUCUUCAUUGUGCUAAGGUUUUAAAGGCAAUUGGUUUGCAGAGAACUGGAAAGCAAGAGGAAGCCUUCACCUUGGCACAGGAGGUGGCAGCCCUUGAACCCACAGAUGACAACUCACUGCAAGCAUUGACUAUUCUUUACCGGGAGAUGCAUCGACUAUUUAUGGCUCUCUUUCAGGCUGGCAUGGCUCUAUAUAAGAUUGUCCCCAAAAACCCUUACUACUUUUGGUCUGUGAUGAGCUUAAUUAUGCAAUCCAUAUCUGCUCAGGAUGAAAACCUCUCGAAAACAAUGUUUCUGCCCCUUGCUGAGAGAAUGGUAGAAAAAAUGGUGAAAGAGGACAAGAUAGAAGCUGAGGCCGAAGUUGAACUUUAUUAUAUGAUCCUGGAACGUUUAGGAAAGUACCAGGAAGCCUUGGAUGUCAUCAGAGGGAAAUUAGGAGAGAAGUUGACAAGUGAGAUUCAGAGUCGAGAAAAUAAAUGCAUGGCUAUGUACAAGAAGCUGAGCAGGUGGCCAGAGUGCAAUGCCCUUUCCCGGCGCCUCUUACUGAAAAACUCAGAUGACUGGCAGUUCUAUCUGACUUAUUUCGAUUCUGUCUUUCGACUAAUUGAAGAGGCCUGGACUCCUCCUGCUGAAGGUGAACACCCUGGGGCUGCCCGUUUGCCUUACGGAGAAGCCAAGGCAAAUAUAGCCCAUCCCGCACUACAGUCAAGGAAGUGCGUAGGAGACCGUAUUCAGGGUGUUAAAGAUGCUGCCCGGUUUAUUAAUCAGUUACUUGGAGUUGUUCCUUUGUCAACACCAACAGAGGAUAAGCUGGCACUGCCUGCUGACAUCAGAGCUCUGCAGCAACAUCUGUGUGUGGUGCAGCUGACAAGGUUACUUGGCUUGUAUCACACCAUGGAUAAAAGUCAGAAAUUGAGUGUGGUCAGAGAACUGAUGUUAAGGUACCAGCAUGGACUGGAGUUUGGUGAUGAGACUGCUGUGUGGCAGGCCCUGACUUUGCUGGAAGAGGGAUUAACCCAUAGCCCUUCCAAUGCUCAAUUCAAACUGCUGCUUGUUCGAAUCUACUGUAUGCUGGGUGCAUUUGAACCAGUAGUGGAUCUUUACUCCAGCCUUGAUGCUAAGCAUAUCCAGCACGAUACCAUUGGUUAUCUUUUGACCCGAUACGCGGAAUCUCUAGGUCAGUAUGCUGCUGCGUCCCAGUCCUGUAACUUCGCACUCAGGUUUUUCCACUCCAACCAGAAAGAUACCUCAGAAUAUAUUAUUCAAGCUUACAAAUAUGGUGCGUUUGAGAAGAUCCCAGAGUUUAUCGCUUUUAGGAACAGGCUGAAUAAUUCUCUUCACUUUGCACAAGUCCGUACUGAACGGAUGCUGUUAGAUCUUCUACUUGAAGCAAAUAUAUCAACCAGCUUAGCAGAAAGUAUAAAGUCAAUGAAUCUUAGGCCAGAAGAAGAUGACAUUCCAUGGAAAGAUUUGCGAGACAACAGAGACUUAAACGUUUUCUUCAGCUGGGAUCCAAAAGACAGGGAUGUUUCUGAAGAACAUAAGAAACUUUCCUUGGAGGAGGAGACCUUGUGGUUAAGAAUCCGAUCCUUAACACUGAGGCUGAUCAGUGGACUUCCAAGUCUCAACCACCCUGUGGAGCCAAAGAACUCGGAGAAGGCUGCUGAGAAUGGUGUAUCUUCCCGGAUCGAUAUUCUUCGUUUGCUCCUUCAACAGCUGGAGGUGGCCUUGGAGACAGGAAAGCGAUUUACUGAGAAGGAAAUUCAGUAUCCUUUCCUUGGUCCUGUACCUACCAGAAUGGGUGGAUUCUUUAAUUCUGGAUGUUCUCAGUGCCAGAUAAGCUCUUUUUAUCUUGUUAAUGAUAUUUAUGAGCUGGAUACCAAUGGUUUAGAGGAUACGAUGGAGAUCCAGGAGCGAAUAGAAAAUAGUCUUAAGUCUUUACUAGAACAAUUAAAAGAUGUCUUCAGUAACUGUAAAGGUGAUCUCUUAGAAGUUGAAGAUGGUAACUUGAAAACACAUCCUACUCUUUUAGAAAACCUAGUCUUCUUUGUUGAGACUAUUUCUAUUAUCCUUUGGGUAUCCAGUUACUGUGAGAGUGUCCUGCGACCAUACAAAUUAAAUUUACAGAAAAAGAAAAAGAAGAAAAAAGAAACCAGCAUCAUCAUGGAAGAAAGAAAAUUUUCAAAGACUGUUCAAGGAAAGGUGCAGAGCAGUUAUCUGCAUUCACUUCUGGAAAUGGGGGAGCUGCUGAAAAAAAGACUUGAGACCACAAAGAAACUAAAAAUUUAAGGAAGUGUGAACUGCUACAACAGAAAAUGAUACCAUCUUCCCAGGCAAAAGCAACAUCUGGUUGGCCAUCACUUUAAUCCAGAUCUUCCUCAUAAAAUGCAUGAAGGACUUUGAUCGUGAAUUAAUUUUUUUAGGUAUUAAAUAUAUACAACUGAUUAAAUUAUUGUAUAUAAAUCAGAAGCAGGACCCUCAUCUGGGUUUGACCACUUUUUAUACAUGUUCAUAUGCAUAUGGCAGCAACAAGAGAACCCUACUUUUCUUCCCUCUCAUCACCUGAAACAUCUUGGGGGGGUUCUAUAGAAGCAAUAGAAAUUAAGCAUAAAGCAUCGACCUCAUAGCAGCUGAAUAGCCCUCCCAUUACAGCAGUGGAAGUUUUGGUCUGGUCCUUGAGCCACAGGAAGCAGAGGGGACCAUGACUGGGUGCAGGCCCUCUUUUCACAGCAGCAGGUUUGUUUUGAGGCUUCCUUAGCUGCUUGGCUCCUAUGGAACAGGUACACAAAGGGCCUUAGAUGAGAUUUGGCUUAAGUACCUGCCACUAAAGGGCACAGCUCAGAGGACCACAGGCACUCAUUUUUUGGCUUAAUUUUUGCCUGAUGGCCAAGACAUCUUCAUCCUAUCUCCUGUAAGAGUUAAAUCUCAGAUAGGGAGGCAAGUAAGACUAUUAAUUUAUAGCUGUUUAGAGGGGAAAGCAGUGCAGACCACUUAAUAAGCCUGCUGAGGCCUAGCUUGCUGUGUUUCAUCCAUUUGGGAAAGAUAGGAGUCACUGUUUUAACAAAGAGAGG